AUGCCGGACGGUCAUUGUGGGUUUUGGUCUGUGGCUGUGGGCUUAGGUAUGGAUCAGAGUUCAUGGGGGCUUAUUCGAAGGGACCUUGUCCAAGAAAUGGAUCAGAACGAAUCGAUCUGGUUCCCAAUAUUUGAAGCAUGGGAUGAAGGUUAUUUUUACACGCAUCGUCAGGGCCUAAUUUGGGAUUCAGUGUCCGAUUGUCCCCCGGAUCACUGGAUGGACUUCCCCUUAGCAGGACUUCUUAUUGCACAAACGUACGGUAUCGGGGUGCACCUGUUAACGACAACCAUGGGUGCGAGUUCCACUUUCUUCCCGAUACUAAGUCCUCCGGCUAAUCAACAACCAUUAUUCAUAAUGCUUGCACAUGUUAACGAGAACCACUUCAUACAUGUUAAGCUGGAAGGGGAUUAUCUAAUGCAACCAGCAAACGGGCUAUGGUUGAACCACCGAAGACCCUAUACGGAACAAUGGGAAGAUAUGUACUUGCCACGUCUAGAAUGGAAAACUCCCAGAGAUUUGACGGAGGCAUCGUUAUCGGGUGCUGGAAUUUCGAUUUUAGCAGCCAUUUCCAUGAUAUUUUUGUUUGGAAUGGAGCUGCAUAGUUAUCUGACUAUUAGUACCUCAACCGCUAUCAUAAUUGAUAAAAGUUCUAUCGAGGACACAGUACGUGUGGACUUUAACAUCAGUUUCCCAUUGUUAUCAUGUGAAUUUGCAUCUGUGGAUGUGAGUGAUGUGUUGGGAACAAACAGGUUAAACAUAACAAAAACGAUUCGCAAGUAUUCAAUCAAUAAGCAGUAUCAAUCUAAUGGCCAUGAGUUUCAUAGUGUACCAGUUGCGCAUGUUAAGCAUGAUGAGAAGGUUGAUGAGACGUAUGGUGAAGGAUCUAUAACACUUAAUUCGCGUAAUUUUGAUAAAGUCACUCAUGAGCAUGCGCUUGUGGUUGUAAAUUUUUUUGCCCCCUGGUGCCACUGGAGUAACCUUCUGAGCCCAGCUUGGGAGAAGACAGCCAAAGUUAUGAGACAGAGAUAUAAUCCGAAGUAUGAUGGUCGUAUUAUUGUUGCAAGUGUUGACUGCACUCAAGAACAAGCCUUGUGUGGAAAGCAUCACAUACAAGGUUAUCCGUCAAUUCGCAUCUUCCGUAAGGGGAGUGAUAUUAAGGAUAGAACAGGUAUACACAUUCAUGAAACAUAUUAUGGAGACAGAGAUACAGAUAGCUUGGUUUCGAAAUUUGAUAACAUGGUUUCAUCUAUUGGAAAGGAGUCUCUAAAGUAUAUUGAUGGCAAGCCUGUAAAUUAUACUACAGUUGCACCUGCACCACAUCAAGAAGGUUGUAGGAUCGAAGGAUUCGUAUGGGUCAAGAAGGUUCCAGGAAAUCUGAUCAUUUCAGCAUCUUCAGGGUCACACUCAUUUGAUGCUUCACAGAUGAACAUGUCACAUGUGGUUUCUACUCUAUCUUUUGGUUCGACAAUUACUCCAAUGAUGAUGAGUGAUAUGAAGCGAUUAGGACCAUACCUUGGUGCAGGUCAUAACAGAUUAAAUGGCCAAGCAUACAUGACUAGUCCAGAAGAUCGUGCAAAUGUUACAAUAGAACAUUAUCUUCAAGUGGUGAAGACAGAAGUGUUGGGGUUGUCUCAUCAAUUAAUUGAGAAUUACGAAUAUACGGCACAUACUAGUUUGGUACAUGCUCAUUCCAUUCCUGUUGCAAAGUUCCAUCUCGAGUUUUCACCAAUGCAGGUUUUGAUAACUGAAAACGCGAAGCCAUUUUCUCAUUUCAUCACCAACCUUUGUGCCAUUAUUGGUGGUGUAUUCACGGUUGCGGGAAUUUUGGAUUCGAUUCUUUACAACACAUAUAAACUGGCAAAAAAAGUGGAACUGGGAAAGAAUUAUUAGGUCAAAGCAUGAACUACAUAUUUGUAUGAGUUGGUUGUUUAAAAUCUCGCAUCUUCAGACGUGUUUACCAUAGAAACUUAGUUUUGGAUAUGGAAUUAAAGUAGAUGUAUCAUUAGCCAUUAGCAUUUAGCCAUUCACCUUGACCCAAAUUAUGGAAGGAAAUGGUUACACUGACAGUUAGGUUGACAAUUGUUUGUUUAUCCAUCUCAUAAUAAAGUCCUUCGAUGAAUACAAA